GGGGCUGAUUGGCUGGGGCAGGGUGGGCAGGGUACAUAAAAGGCAGCUGUGGACCAUCUGGGGCGGUCAGCCUCAUCAUCCAGCUACAGUUAGAGCUCUGGGCUUCCUUGACAGUGUAUCUUCAUCAUGAGUGGGUGUCCCUUUUUAGGAAAGAACUUUGGAUAUACUUUUAAACCACUCUCUGCACAAGGCAGUGAAGAAGACAAAUCACAGGCCAGUGUGAAUAGAGCCAGUAAAGGAGGACUUAUCUAUGGGAACUACCUGCAAUUGGAAAAAGUUUUGAAUGCACAGGAGCUUCAAAGUGAAAUGAAAGGAAAUAAAAUCCACGAUGAACAUCUUUUUAUCAUAACUCAUCAAGCUUAUGAACUCUGGUUUAAGCAGAUCCUGUGGGAAUUAGAUUCUGUUCGUGAGAUCUUUCAGAAUGGCCAUGUGAGGGAUGAGAGGAACAUGCUGAAGGUGGUCACCCGAAUCCACCGAGUGGUGGUGAUCCUCAAACUCUUGGUCCAGCAGUUUUCCAUCCUGGAGACCAUGACAGCCUUGGACUUCAAUGACUUCAGAGAGUACUUAUCCCCGGCGUCCGGCUUCCAGAGUCUGCAGUUCCGCCUGUUAGAAAACAAGAUAGGGGUUCUGCAGAGCUUGAGGGUCCCUUACAACAGAAGACACUACCGCGACAACUUCAGAGGGAAAGACAAUGAGCUUCUGCUGAAGUCUGAGCAAGAAAGGACGCUUCUGCAGCUGGUUGAGGCAUGGCUGGAAAGAACCCCAGGUUUAGAGCCGCAUGGAUUUAACUUCUGGGGAGAGCUUGAAAAGAACAUUGUCAAAGGUUUGGAAGAAGAAUUCACAAAGAUUCAGGCUAAGGAAGAGUCAGAGGAAAAGGAGGAACAAAUGGCUGAAUUUCAGAAGCAGAAAGAAGUAUUACUGUCCUUAUUUGAUGAGAAACGUCAUGAGCAUCUCCUUAGUAAAGGAGAAAGACGGCUAUCGUACAAAGCACUUCAGGGGGCCUUGAUGAUAUAUUUUUACAGGGAAGAGCCCAGGUUCCAGGUCCCUUUCCAGCUGCUGACUUUCCUUAUGGAUGUGGACUCACUCAUGACCAAGUGGAGAUAUAACCACGUGUGCGUGGUGCACAGGAUGCUCGGCAGCAAGGCGGGCACCAGCGGGACCUCUGGGUACCAGUACCUGCGCGCCACUGUGAGUGACAGGUACAAGGUAUUUGUAGAUUUAUUUAAUCUCUCAACGUAUGUGGUUCCCCGACACUGGAUUCCGAAGAUGAACCCAGUCAUUCAUAAGUUCCUUUACACGGCUGAAUGCUGUGACAGCGCUUACUUCAGCAGUGAUGAGUCAGAUUAAAGUCAUCUGCAAAAGUCUAUGAAGUUGCUUUCUCAGUCUGCAUUUAAAAUUUUUUCUAUGAAUUUUCAUGACUAUACAGAGUCCUAAGGUAAUAUAUGUACUUACGUAUAUAUACAUAUAUAGCAUAUAUUAAACAUAUAGUACUAGCACUGAUUCAAACCUAGAAAUAAUUUUAUCACCUCAUGUCUGGGAUAACAGACUAAACAUUAAGAUAAGCAAUUCAGUUCAAUUAUAACAUUGUACAUAGUGUGUUUUCCUGUUAAAAACAAUGAUUUCCUAGUACUUAUCUUAAUGUAACCACGGAAUGCAAUGGUUAUCUCAUUUCAAACAUUGUAAGCUUGUAAACUUCAGCUGUUUCAAAUAUUUUAUGCAAUAAAAUGUGUCAUUCUGUACAAA